UUUUGAAAUAAAUACUUUCAACAAUGCAAGAAAAAAUAAACUAAAAUCAGAUUUUUUUAGGUCUGAAACUUUUGAUAGGAGCACUGUCUUAUCGGUUCAGAAAAGAGUAGAUGACAGCUGUACCGCGAGAUACCUCCGAUGGAGGGCGCUAGUGUAGUCAGGCGCAGUCAGUGCAAGCCAGCGGGUUAGCUGUCGUCGCUGUAAAGAUCGCGAGAUAUGGAAAAAUGUAUUUGAAGCGCUCGAAGCUGGUGGAUCUGACGGUGUCGCGCACCGCCGCGGAUGUGCAUCUGCGUGAUCUCAAGUGCCCGAUAUGCUGCGGCAUCCUGAUCGAGCCAGUGACGCUGCCGUGCACACAUAACCUCUGCCUGCGCUGCCUGCGGGGUACGUUCGAGCACAACAGCCUGAGCUGCCCGAUGUGCCGGGUCCGGGUUGGCUCCUGGUUGCGCACCGCUACCAAGACCGAAACCCUGGUGAACCACGGCCUCUGGGAGCUGAUCAGAACCAGGUUCCCGAAAGAGGUCGAGAACAAGCACAAUGGCGAGGAGGGGGACGACGGCUUGGACGACGCUGACUAUGUGGCAAAUAGAAGAAUACUCAGCGCAACCGGAGAGAUACACCGGGAGUACAAAGCUCAACUUCAAAUGGCCGAAGAAGAGAUGCGUCGUCAGAGACAAGCUGAGGAAAUGGCCAGCAAGGCUCUGAUUCAAAAGAUUCAGGCAGAGGAGGAACAGAGGUUCCUGGUGCAGCUUGCGCAGGAUCAGUUGUUGGCCAAGACCCUGGCGAAACAGCAGGCUGCUCAAAAAGAAACUGCAAAGUGUUAUAACGAAUGUUUGAGCACGUCGGUUCCGACUUAUGCUUUUAACGAGUCCAAGUUUGACUAUACGACGGUACAUGUAAAUAAUAUAGAAAUGCCACGAAAUGAAAUUGCAUGCUUGGAGGGUAGGCAUGUGGGUCUUCCCGAGUCUAUAAGAGACAACUCGAAAACGAGACAGAUGAAUGUGUUAUCCAAGAUGGGGGUGUACUCUAAUGUAUGCAGCUCUAAAGAGGCAAACGCAUCCUGUGUGUACAAAAACCCAACUUAUUGUUGCCAGAAACAAAUGUCUGCUUACAACGUCAUAGCGAAGAAGCAUCAAACAGUAUCUAAGUUUACUCAACCUUGCACCUCAAAUUAUUCCAUGGAUCCCGGAUGUUCUACGUCCAGAGCUUACAUGACGGAGACCAAGGAGGAGCUGCGAGUACCGAGCGACGUGGUGAACAGCAAGAAGAAGAGUCUUGGAGUGGAGGUGUGUAUGACCCUAGCCGACGACGACGAGAGGAUAGGAAGCGCCGAGAGCUCCGGUAGUCAUGAUAGCAUAAAUCAGGAGAUCCAUCAUUUCAAACCUAUCAAGACGGUGCCGAGAACAAAGUUGCAAAUUUCUUCAGAUGGAAAGCAAAUAGAUCCGAAGUUGAUUAGAGUGAUCCCUAUCUUAAAAAAAGUGUGUAACGCAGUGCCAAAGCCUCCAUCGCCGACGUACGUGAAACGUAUUGGAUGUUCUUGGAGCGCCUUUAAAGGUAAAAUAAGACAAGACGCAAGGGAAAAACACGUUGCGCACAGUCUGAAGGAUACAGAGAUUGAUCAGAAACCGUCGACGUCACUAGUUCAUUCUCAAACUGUUUCAAAUAAAUCGACAAUGAAGCUUCAAACGAAUGAUGCUAUCCGCCGACUUGAUUUUAUACCCGAACCAUCGUUCGAUAGCAAUAAAAAUUAUACGAAAGAUACAAAUAAAAUAAUCAAUGGUACUAAAGUGAGUAAGAAGUUGUUGGACGACGAAUGGGACGUGAGAAAAGCACGCAAGUCUUGGAGAACGAAUAUGAGAAAUGGUGUAGUAGCGAAAUCUAAGCGUCAUAGAAACCUGCGGACUACCAAGAAGGAAACCAAACCUACCAUGAACGUGACGGACGAAGAAGAGGACGACGAUUUGACAGGUUCCAAUUCUUCAUUCGGUAAAACAAGUCCACAAACUGGCGAGCGGGACGAUGACAAUGACUUCGAAAAUAUAGCGGAACGAAUUAAAAGGAGAAAAGAAAACGCGGAAAAAAAGACGUCAGAGCAAGGAAUAGAAUCUAAUGCGUCUAAAAGAAAUAGAACAGCAACGAAGAAGAAAACGUUACUUGAGAGGAUAGAUGAGGAUCCUACAGUAGAUCAAGCCGCGCUCUCGACAUCUCAAGAGAGCACGGAAAUCGACGGAAGUUCUAUGAGGAGGGCGAAGCGACGAAAAACAAGUAAAAGUACUCAAAAGGAGGAUAUGGAGAAGAACGAAUCUUCGACAGACGCCGCGUCCAGUCCGAGGAAGUCCGCGCGAAACUUGACGAGGGUCUCUUCAAUGGCAAAUGAAUCGGAUGGCGUGCGUAACAAGACUAACAGCAAGUUUAAUUACGACUCGCCGCCGGAGUCUUGCGACGAGAUAGAGGAAUGCACUCCGGAGAACGAACGUACCGUCGGAAAGGUUUCUGACGAGGAUAUGAUCGAGGAGCAGCAGCGGAUCGAGCAAUUGCUGUUGCAAGAGCGUGAGGAUUUCGAGCUGGCGCGUCGCUUGCAAGCGGAAUACGACGAAAUGGAGCGAAUGGCCGGACGCACUAGACGCUCGAGGAAGGCUUUCGAGAACGAAAGAGGCGUCAAUGUGAACUCGCGUGAGAUCGAAGCGACGAGGAUGGUCCGUAGGACGAGCGUAGAUGCGCGUAAAACUGCGAAACGGAAGCCGAUUGUCAGUCGAGUCGUGAGUACCGCGACUAAGGGGAAGCGUAGUAGGCCGAAACGCAUGAAAAUCACGGUUGACGCGCGCGAGGACGAGACUCGCACGCGAUAAUCGUGUCGCGGCGCGUGAGAACCCUCCACAAUUGGAUGUUCCUAUGAGCCAUAUAUUUGACGGAAGGAGAUUGAAUUAAAAUCGUGACUUUUUGUAUAGUGUCUUGUGUAUUUUUUAACAAAUCAUUUGCGUCGUAUCGAAUAUGUACCUGGAUACAUUGCGAGAGUAUGAAAGGAAAGCGGUUUGGAUCUUCAGAUUAUGGUAAAUGUCGUUUUCGUUGUCCACACGCGAUGAAACGUCUACACGCCGUUUUUGUUCCUAACGCAUCAAUCGUGCGCGAUUUAAACAAUAACGAUGGGAAAUAGCGGCUUGUGCUCAUGUACAACGUGCCCUGGAACGCCCGGCCUAAAUUUUAACAAAUUUUGUCCGGUCGGAUUUUUUUUUUAGCGAAAGAAUUUUUUAAGAUUAAGGUUGGAGUUACUCCGGGACACCUCGUAUCUAUAUUUUUAUUAAGCUUUCAAAAGAGUAAAGUACCGCAUUAUAAUCAAAACGAAAAGUGACAAUAUUUGCGCGAGACAUUGUUACAUUUGGCUGGGAGCGAUAAAAGAAUCGAGUGCACGUCUGUAAUUUUAACGGCGAGAGAUAUUGCGAGAUUAAAAUUGUAGUUUUAUACAGUGAUUAUACUUAUUUUUUAAGAGAGCUUGUCCACAUUUAAGUAAACUUAAGUCGCUACUCAUUAUCAGCAAUCCCAUAACAAUAUUAGGUAUAAUCGCAAAUUAAUUGGCUUCUUUCUUGAAAGUUCGAUUAGGCGCUGACAGCUUUGGUCUUUGGUUCCUUCGCUUUCAGCAGAGCGCUAAAUCGCGUGGUGAUAAUUUCCGACAUGUCGCUCGUUACGCGAACGGAAACUUUCGAUGGAGAACUGCUUUAUCGCGAGAUAUAUGUGUAUAUUUAUAUUUCUAUCCGUCAUUCCCGUGAAAAUUAGUUGAAAUCGAAGAGCAUUCAAAUCGAGUUUCUUUUUAAGCAUGAAAAUAGAAACUGGAAGAAUCAUUACAAACUCGAUUACUUUUAACUAACGUUCAUGGGGACCGUUCUAAUGUGUAAAGUUUGUUACGUGACAUUUAUACAGGUACACUAUCGGGAGAGAUUUAGUAGCGUAGUAAGGGAGGAAGCAGAGUGGUCGAUCUAUCCCGAGCGCCGUUUUAGCAAGAGCACCAAUUUAACAGUACAAUACUUUCUCUGUUACAAGUAACAAAAUUUUUAAUCGAAAAUUUGUUUGUAGUGGAAGACAAAAAAGAUAUCAUAAACUAUCUCGGAUGAAAAACAAAAGACGAACUAUUAAAAUGAUGAAACUUUGAUCAACUUAUCUUUUGUUACAAUGGGGAUAAGUGUUUGUUCUGACCGUAACGAGUAAAAUUUUAUUUGUAACAUGCAAAUAUGUAAUUGAAUUUUAAAAAAUUGAUAGUCUAUUGGUGAUUGCUAGCAUAGUAAAGAAAGCAUAUAGGGGAUUGGGAGAGGACGAGAAUCGACGUCAUCUUUCCUUACUACACCACUAAACAGAUUAUAAUUGAAUAAUCAUGUAUAGUGUUAAAAGAGAGAUUAUGGUCGGUAUUCACAGUCGAUUCUUACGUUUAAGACCGGCUCAAGUACCGUUUUAAGAUGUCAUCAACAAAUGACAACAUGUAUUAGCAUCUCAAGACAUUACUUAAGACGGUCUUGAAAUAAGAUUCGAACUAUGAACACCGGCAUAUAUUGUUUGAUAAGAUCCGCUUGAUAUCGCAAUCGUCUACUGUCAGCUUUGACGGCCUUGAUUAUCGUACUGCAAUCGAAUUAAUUGUUAUAAAUUAAGUGUUAUAUUAAGAGAGAAUUUAUAUACUUUGCGCGAUCGUGCGACGGACUUUUAACUCGACGGACGCAGAGGCUAGUUAUUGAGAAACAUAUUUCGCGAGCUACGGUUUCCUUUUCGAUAGACUCGAAUUUUUUUUCUCGCCCGUACCACGCCCGAUCACGUCAUAUAUAUAUAUUUUACACAUAUUUAUGUAGGAAUUAGGAAAAAUUAACGGAGCUGACUGCGAGAUUUGAAGUUUCUCUGAUUCUCACUCCUAUCACUUAACAUGCUACACCAACAACUGCUCCACUGGUCUCUUAACAGUUUCGGUUGUUAAUAAUUUGUCCUACGGUUCUUUCUAUUUUCCUAUAUUGAUUUGUUUUUAAUCUUUUUAUUUGCAAUAUAUGGAAGUCAAUUUUCGUCCACGCCUUUCGCGCUCCUCCCACUUGUGAUACUGUCGCAGUAUUUUACAGUCGAAAUUCGUCCUUAAGUCUUUAUCGUUAGCGGUUACUGUCGAUGGUGUUUUACAUAAAAUGCUGUCGCGGGCGAGCUCGCAUUUCAUACUCGUAACGACAGGCAAAUACUUCCAAUGGGUAUUCGUAACAAAUAUAUUCUGAGGCUAGCGCAAUUAUUUCGCAUCGAAAUUUAUCGUUGACCGGGAUAAUGUUAACUUUAUUAAAAAAAAAAGAAUUUUCGCAGAAGCAAUCAGAAAUAUUUAUUGUACCUAACGUGACUCGAACCUGGCCGACUGAAUUCUUUACGUCGUGUUGUAAUGGAUGGAAUAAUCAUUCUGAAAUCGGAAAGAGUGAAGUCGAGAAUAUUCUCAGUGCAACGCAGCCAUAAUCUCUUCCCUUAAAUAUCCGAACAAGAGGAGAGGGAUUUCCCUUGCCGAACGUUAUUCAAAUACAGAAUGUUCUCUUCAAUGUCCGUAUUAUUAAGCAGAGAAUAUUCUUAUAGAAGACAAGAACGCGCGGGAGCGAUGAACACAAAUGAGGAGACAUUCGGAUACCCAUUCGUCGGAAAUGAUUUCACGAUCAGUUUUGCGGGUGUCUUUCUUUAGAGCAGCUAAAAAAAAAAGAGAAAAAAAUAAAAACGGUCUUUUGUUUCGAGCUAUUGUAGGGCAAAUCGGGAAUUUGCGAAUUCAAAGAGAGACUUCCGAAAGUUUCCUCGUUAGUGCGGGACAAACGGGAGCUACAAAGGGAAACGAUUGUGGUGAAAGGGAGGAUGUUUUUAUCAUCUCUCCUGCUUCUAAUCCCUUCCGCGUUUUUUUCUAUUCCUGAUUUUAUUUCAACGCAACGUAUGUAUUCGUCGUGUUAGGAAAUACUGCACGCAAUGUUUGUUAUCCUCUGCAUGUCGCAGGAAUAGUCUUUCAAUUGUCCUUUUUUUUUCUUUUUAUGCGAAUUUUAAGUAUAUAUAAAUAUACGGCACGCGCGUAUCGUGAAUAUAUGAAUCUAAUAAAAAUAAUGUGUGUAAUAAGUAAUCGCGAGGAGAUGAAAUAAGGCCGGUUAAUAUUGUUUAGGAAAUCGCACGACUACAUUAUAUGAACUAAUCCAAUAAUAUAUAAUGUAAAAAAAAAAGCGUAUGGAAUUUAUGGAAUAAAAUCAUAGAGAAUGUAUAGAGAAGAUAUUUAGUUAUAGAACGACAAAAUAAUGUCAAAUAUUACGUAUUGAUAACGAAUAAGUAGAGCAUCUCUAAGAGAGAAAGAGAGAGAUUAAAGCGAGCGUAAUCUAUGAUUCUGAAUCAACGGAAUGAACGAACGAAGACACACUCAUUAUGAAUUUUUAGGGAGAGUCAUUUUUAUAUUAUGUCAUAUGGUUUUGCGCAAUAGAAGAUGUAGCAAGAGUAACGAAAGCCCUCGGAAAAAUGCAGGUCGUUCUUCUCUUGAUACGUUUUAUAUGUGAAAAAACGAAUAAAUGACUGUAAUUAUUCUAAAAGUA